AGUCAGAACUCAUACAUUAAUUGCUUAUUCGUUUACAAUGUUCCGAAUAGUUUUUUCUAUUUUUAUAACCUUUUAUAUUUUUCUAACAAUUAUUAUACAAUGUUUUCCUAUGAUGUUUGGUGAUGGAUUCUAUUAUUGUAUUUAUACUUCGGAGGUUAAACGAGACAUGAUUGAAGAAUUCGCUUAUAAAAACUCAUCGAUUGCAGAUCGUAAUGUUAAACUUCAUUGUUAUAUUAAAUGUGUCAUGGAAGAGUAUGGUAUUUUAAAUAAUGAAACUCGAUUAAGUGUGGAUGUUGUCGGAGAUAAAGAUUUAGAGACUAGAAAUAGUUUUAAUAAGUGCAUGAAUGAAGCUUAUAAACAGCUUUAUGCUUGUACAAUUGCUUUUAAUACUUUUAAAUGUAUUCAAAAAGUAUUGGAAUAAAUUGAAAAAUAAAAUAAAAUAAAAUAAA